UCUAGGGUUCGCUCUCGUUUCCCCCUUUCAUUUUUGCUCCAGUGGUGAAAUUGGAAUCCUUGUGGUGGCAGGAGCUAUUCUCCACAAGAAGACCACUUCGUCAUCGUCAUCAUCAGUAUCUUCUAGGUAUUUCCUCUUCACAUUAUAGAAUCCAAAUGUUGUUCAUCUCCUCUCUGUACUGCACCAAUAGUAAUCUUAGUCCAUCUUCUUCUAUUGAUUCAAUUGUAAUUAGUUAUUUGAUAAAUUCUUGCGGAUUGUCUGAAACUGUAGCUAUUACUGUCUCUAAAAAAGUUUAUUUCAAAUCUAGGGUUUCACUGAACCCUACAUUUCCUAAUUAAUCACCAAGCAUCCACAAUUUCUGUUAUCUGAUCCUCAGAAAACCCUAAAACCCAAAUUACAAAUUGCAAACAUCUCUUCCGAGGCACAUCAAAUUCCUGUAUGUAGACAAACGCUGUAGUGUUGGGGUUCAUUUUGGGGAAGCUCCAUUUUUCGAUUAGAGUUGCUGGACUGGAAAGACAAAAGAAUCUGCUUCAAGAAACACUUAAAAGAUCGUCAGAACCCUUGCGGAGGUAAACCUAGCGCUCAGCGGAAGCUUACGGGUUAUAAUGGAUUUUACACGUCAUUUACUUCAGGAAGAAUGGGUCCAUGUCAGAGCUCUGGAGGGGCAUCCUGUGGUUCAUGAGGCAGAUCUUCGGAUUGGUGGUACUGAUAGUGAUAGAAGGUUUGACAUGGCAUUGUUAAGUGAGGCAACAUACCCUCGGAAGGCUUAUCACCGACACAUACAUGACAGGGAUACCCAUGCAUAUAGCUAUCGUGGCAUUGAUAGCUCCCACGAUUCUGGGUUUGACAGGCCUACAAGGUUUGCUGGUCGUAAUCAUGCUGAUUUUGCACCUUAUGAUAUUGGUCAUGAUUAUAGGCAUCAUAUGUCUCGAAGAAGGGAGGAUAGGCAUGAAAGAGAUACCGAUUAUGGCCGCUCCAUCUAUGGUUCUGAUUGUGACAAAAGCAGAAAAAGAGAUGGUAGUUGGGAGAGGUGUGAUUCCCUUGUUCGUGUUCGUGAUAGACAACGUUCGAGUUGGAAGCGAGAUCAAAGUCCAGAACAUUCCCUGUAUUGUGGACAUUAUGAUCGUCAGAGAAUAAGGUCUCCUCGAGUUCACAACCAGUGGAAGGGCAACUAUGACGACAGGCGGAAUUAUGAACAUUCUUCAGUGGUUCCAUCUUCAACCGUUAGGGUGAGGGGUUUGUCAAGCAAUGCAACUAAGGAAGAUGUUUAUCAGAUUCUAGCAGAAUGGGGACCCAUUUGUAAUGUGAGAGUUUUAAAGGAAAAGGAAUCUAGCACCUGUCGUGGAUUUGCAUUUAUUGAUUUUCCUUCAGUGAGAGCAGCUCGUACUAUGAUGGAGGAAGUUGGAUAUGAUGGCCUCGUUGAUGAUGGGAGAGAGCUGUCUUUUGAGUACAGUUUCAAAAAGAUCAAAUCGAAGAGUCGAGUCCUGCACGAAAAGCUAAAUAGCAAGAGAAGAAGGCUACGACAAUUAGAAAGAGAUGCAGUUGCUGCACGUGCACAGCAACAACAACAAGAAGAAAAAGAGGUGCAAGAGGAGGAAGGAGAAGUAGAUGAUAGAGAUGUGGUAGAAGUAGAACUAGAAGAUUGGUUGGCUGUGGAUGAGGAAACAGAAGUAGAAGACAGAGAAGCAGGAGAAGGAGAAGCAGAAGUGGAUGAGGAAACAGAAGUAGAAGACAGAGAAGCAGGAGAAGGAAAAGCAGAAGUGGAAGAACUAGUACAAGGAGAACAACAACAAACAGAAGUGGAAGACAGAGAAGCAGAAGUCGAAGAACUAGUACAACGAGAAGGAGAAGAACAACUACAGCAGAAGCAGCAACGGCAACUAGUAGAAGAACUUGAGAUUGGUGAAAUCCUGCACGGGCCUUCUUCACAUGGUAUUUCUGCUUCCAUGUCUUGUGAAGAACUUGAAGAAAGAAUGGAUUGCAUCAAGGAAGAUCCAUAUUUAAAAGUUGUUAUAGAAGAUAUCGAGAUCGGUGGUCCAGAUGUAAUGAUGAGGCACUUGAGUGAUCCCGAGGUCCUACAGAAGUUGGGGCAUGCUAUGGGUUUUACAGUUUCAGAAGGCAUUGUCAAUUCAACUGAACAUACUGCACGAGAGGACGCUGACUAAAACUGACAGGAUGAGUCAAUUUUUAGCGCACAUUGAAAUAGAGGAGCUCAUCUUCAUGGUUAACAGAGAAAGAACAGCUGAAUGUUUGAAUUCCCUGGAGAAGGUUUGUAAUCUAUGAAUCCCUUACUAAGUACACUUGAUGUUUGAUAUAUAAAUUUGUCCCUAAACUCAAAUAAGUGGUUCCUAGUGAUCAAUUCCUGGACUGGGAUUCAGAACGUCAAAGCAAAGCCUGGAUAGUAUCAGUUCAUACCGCUCCUCGUUCGUGCACAGUAUGCAACAAUGGAUGUUGGGGAUUACAUGGACGAGAUUGAGAGUUGAACUGUAGUAGCCAUGCCUCACAUCAUCUUCUAACUCAUUUGGAUGAAAUGUAGCUAGAUCGAGACCUGUAGCUUGUCUGCUCGUGCUAGCAGGAAUUUCUGGUGCAUCCUCAUAGAAGAGUUUUCCUGUAUUUGGUGAUUAUGGCAGCCUCAGGGUUGUGUGGAGUCGAAAAAAAGAGUCAUUCAAUUCCGCAACAAUUACCACCACAACCACCCCUAGUAAUAACUAGUAAGGGCGAGACAUGGUGGAAUACUGGAAGAUUUAGUACGACUGAUACCAGUAAUUCCGCUGGUAAUGGCAGAAGGGUUAGCCGCUGUAAUUGUCCUACGCUGCUCCUAGAGAAAUUUGGUUUCUGUAAUUUGUAUUGAUUUUAUUAUUAAUCAAACAAUAAAAAGGGGUACUUGUUCGGUUACCCACUGUAGUUUUGAAUUUAUAAAGUUUUUGCACAUUAACAAUUCCAAUUUUGUUAUUCA